CACCGGCACGUCAUACGUAGAUGACAGCUGUAUUCUUUAAUUCUAUAGAGGUUAUGUUAAUGUUUGUAUCGUGUUGUACUGUUAUUACAAUAAUUAUCUGAGGGUUUACAAAUAAAGACUGUUAUUAAAAUACUACACAUUCUCACGUGAUAAAAAUGGCACCAGGCAGAAAAGGCCAUGUUCACGGCAAACGUUCAAAUCAACAUGUGAAGAGGGAAUAUGCAGAGAGAUUGAGCGAAUUGCGUUUAGAUUCCUCAGACGAAAGUAGUUCUGAUGGCAGUGACUCUGAUGGCGAAGGUAUAGCACCGGCUUUCCCAGUGAGCAUGUGGGACCUCAACCACUGCGAUCCUAAGAAGUGUUCAGGUCGGAAACUUGCACGACAUAACCUCAUCAAGAAUUUAAAACUUGGCCAACAGUUCCGAGGACUCGUAUUGUCACCAGUCGGCAAGCAGUGCGUUAGCCCAAACGAUAAGGACAUUAUUGAAAAAUUCGGACUAGCCGUUAUUGAUUGUUCAUGGGCUAAAAUUGACGAAACUCCUUUCGAUAGAAUGAAGUCGUCAAAUCCGAGAUUGCUACCGUUUUUGGUUGCUGCAAACCCUAUAAACUACGGGAAACCGUACCAAUUAAGUUGUGUGGAAGCUUUAGCAGCUGCAAUGGUUAUUACUGGGCAUAAGCAAGAAGCAAGGUUUUAUUUAUCUAAGUUUUCAUGGGGGCAUUCAUUCUUAGAACUGAAUUCAGAAGCUCUUGAUUUGUAUGCUGCGUGUACUGACAGUAAAAGUGUUUUAGAGGCACAGGAAAAAUAUUUAGACAGUGUGAGAAAUGAGAAAGAUGACCGAGAAAUGUGGCCGCCGAGUGAAUCUGAAACUGAAUCUGAAGAAGACAGUGCAACAUAGUUGAUUUGACUUUGUUUAAAGUUUACAUUGAUUUAAGUUAAUAAAGCCUGUAUUUAUAUACUAAAUUAUAUUAUACAAUUUACUGUA